CCACCAACCAUCCCAAAACCCUCUCCCCUUCGCUCUCCCUCUAUAUACGACGCUAGCUGCGCUCCUUCUCCCACACUGCACACUCCUGCCACACCUAGGUAGCUAGCCAGCCAGCCAAGCUCUACAAGCCAUGGCAUCCUCCACGGCGACGACGGUGCUCCUUCUGGUGCUCCUCGCAUGCGGCGGCGCAACGGCUCAGGUGUUCCCCCGGCCGCUGUUCCCGCGCGCGCCAUGGAACUUCACGCUCCCGACGGGGCCCGGCGACACCGGCGGGAGCGGGGCGACGACGACGGGCGGGGGACCGUCGGUGCCGGCCAUGUUCGUGUUCGGGGACUCCCUGACGGACAACGGCAACAACAACGACCUCAACUCGUUCGCCAAGGCCAACUACCUGCCCUACGGCAUCGACUUCGCCGGCGGGCCCACCGGCCGCUUCUCCAACGGCUACACCAUGGUCGACACCAUAGCUGAGCUUCUCGGGCUGCCCCUGCUGCCGUCCAACACCGAGGCCUCCGACGCCGACAGCGGCCCCGGCGCCCUCCAGGGUGUGAACUACGCGUCGGCCGCCGCUGGGAUCUUGGACAACACGGGGCAGAACUUUGUGGGUCGCAUCCCGUUCAACCAGCAGAUCAAGAACUUCCAGACGACGCUGAACCAGAUCAAGGGGAAGAUCGGCGCCGGGAAGCUGUCCUCCUCGCUGGGCCGCAGCAUCUUCUACGUGGGCAUGGGCAGCAACGACUACCUCAACAACUACCUGAUGCCCAACUACAACACCCGCAACCAGUACAACGGCGACCAGUACUCCACGCUCCUCGUGCAGCAGUACACCAAGCAGCUCACCAGCCUGUACAAUCUGGGGGCUAGGCGGUUCGUGAUCGCCGGGGUAGGUUCGAUGGCGUGCAUCCCCAACAUGCGCGCCAGGAGCCCGACGAACAUGUGCUCGCCGGACGUGGACGAGCUCAUCGCCCCCUUCAACAGCAAGGUGAAGGGCAUGGUGAACACCCUCAACGUCAACCUCCCGCGCGCCAGGUUCAUCUACAUCGACAACUUUGAGAUGAUCUCCGAGAUCCUCAGGAACCCAUUUAACUACGGGUUCAGCGUGGUGGACCGCGGGUGCUGCGGGCUCGGGAGGAACCGCGGGAUGAUCACCUGCCUGCCCUUGCUGCGGCCGUGCCCGAACCGGAGCACCUACAUCUUCUGGGACGCCUUCCACCCCACGGACAGAGUCAACGUGCUCCUCGGCAAGGCCGCCUACUCCGGCGGCACCGACCUCGUCUACCCCAUGAACAUCCAGCAGCUCGCCGCCUGGCAGCCGUAGGGGGGCCGGACGUGACGCCGCCGGAGUUUCUUACUUUUCAAGAGGAACUAGCUUAGCUAGCUACGUCGUGUUCUGUGAGUGUGUCCAGCUUGGAUCUGGAGAACCGUGUGUUUCAUCGUCUGUUCAGUUGUUUUUGAUCCAUCGAUGAUAUGAGUGUGUAGUGGUGGACCGGUAGUACGCGUAGUACCUGUAAUAGAGAUCGAUCCACCGUUGUGGCUUUCGUCGUUCUAAUGAUAAGUUAAUUGUGAGCUCC